GAUUCAUUCUUCCCUGUGUUUUUCCUUCCAUCCUUUUUUUCCUCUUUUCCCUUUGUUUUGAUGCUUAUAUUCUUCGAUUUCCUAAAUGGGUUUUGAACUUCGAAAGUUGGGAGAUGAUCAGAUCGAUGAAUCCUUACCAGCUCCUCCGGUUCAUCAUUCGAAGUUGCCCACCAAGUAUUUGAUCAUAAUCUUCACAGUUCUCACGUUUUCGUUUUUGAUUCUGUGCCUUUACGUUUAUUAUAUCAGGUGUUAUAAACGCCGAUCACGAUCAAAUCGACGGCGUGAAUCGACGACCGAGACCCGCCACGAGUUCCUCGAUGAAGAUCAUGGUCCGGUGGUCGUUGAUCAUCACGUAUGGUACAUCAACACCGUCGGUUUACAGCCGUCCGUCAUCGACUCCAUCGCGGUUUUCAAGUAUGCGAAAGGCGAUGGUGUCGUCGAUGGAACCGAGUGCUCCGUUUGCUUGACCGAGUUCGAGGAAGACGAGACUUUGAGGCUGUUGCCCAAGUGUAGCCACGCUUUUCAUAUUCCUUGUAUUGAUACAUGGCUUAGAUCGCAUACCAAUUGUCCAUUGUGCCGAGCUCCGAUUGUUUCGACCACGGCUAACAACGGAUCGUCCUCGUCGAAUGCUGGAACCGGAGUCACCGAGGGAACCCGAGUUGCGAUUACGGAAGACGGUGGAGAAUCCGAAGGUGGAAGUGGAACAAGCCAUGAGGAUGAAUUAGCUAUUGAAAAUCAGAGACAUUCAGGGCAUCUUCAACCUGUAAGAAGAUCGGUUUCGUUGGAUUCCAUGGCAGCUUCUCGGAUCAGUCAGGCCAUCGCCACUGGAAGCGGUUUAGAUAUCGAAACGGAAAAAUCAAAAGAAUCGAGCUCGACGAUUGUACCUCGGAGAGGUGCAGAGAAUCCGCAGAGUAUUCUGAGACUAAUGUCUAUAGGUAGAUCAUUGCAGAUUAGGCCAAUUUUCUUGAAGAGAUCCUUUUCUUGCAAUGGGAAGUUCUCCUUGCCUAUCUCGAACAAGAACCGGAACCCGCCGUUGAGAAGCUUUUGAUCGACCGGUAGGACGACGGCGGUGUGUAUUUUCAGGUGAGACAUCUGAAAAACUAAGAUGUCUAGCGAACUCUCAACAAAGUACGUGAAGCAUGUAUGUAUACAGUAUUUAUACAUAUAACAAGUAUGAAUAUCUUGAUGAGGGUAACUAUAUCUUCUAUCUAAGAUGAUGGGAUUUUGUAAAAUUUAACUUUUUUAAUUAAUAUUAAUAAGAUAUAAUAUUAAAAUUUGUUAUUUUG